GAGAUGGCAAGUCCAGACAUGACAGUAAAGACAGAGAUGGACAGUCGAGUCCGGUUUCCAGCAGGAUGGGGAGGUCAUCUGUCAGUCCCACCAUGAUGCUGACAGGAGGAGGAGAACCAAAGUCUGCGGGUAAGCUCGGCCGCUCAGCUUCAACUUCAGGAGUUCCUUCACCAGGUGGCAUGCCACAUCGUCACCUGCAUGAGCCGCAUCACCUUGCCCUAAGCCAGGUUUUAACUGAACAAGAGAAAAUAAAACAACUUGAGAGUAAAAGAAGCUUUGGUCCAUCAGCUGAAGUCUGACAAGAUGUGCGCACGUUUUUACUAAUUUGGACUUUUGUAUCAUUCAUGUCAAAUAUUUCAAUCUUUAGGAUUUAUCUUUCAUUUUGAAACUAACAGCAUGCGGUUAAAUGCUCCAGUACUUAUACUGUAGUUUCUAUAGUGAUACAAAGUUAAAUGCUAAUACUAACAUUAUAUUAACAUUACACUAAACUAACAACAACACUGUUCAAAUUCACUCUGAAAUUAAAACCUUUUAAAUCAUAAAAGAUCGAAUUAAAAGUGUCAGUAAACUUUUUACCUGAACAUGUGGAUGCAACCACACCUACUUCCACCAAUAAUAACUCCACCCACUAAUAUCUAUCCCACUUCUUUAACAUGUAAGCAAAACUUAAAUUCAAUCAUUUAUUAACAAUGAUUAUGUUGUACAAUAUGGUUGUUUCUAUAAUUAUAAUCUUAUUAUAUUUGUUUAUAAUAUAAUCAAAAUGUAUGGAUGUCAAAGUGAUCCUCGUACACGAAAGCUGCUGUGAUCAUUUCACACGUACACACAACCGUGAGCUAAAGUCAUCUAAUUAAAAACAUGUUAUUGUCUUCUCUGUCUGUCUUUCUGUGUGUGUGUGUGUGUGUGUGUGUGUGUGUGUGUGUCCGUCCAUUCGCUUAUCUAACUCAAAAAAGACAAUAAAAGAAAAAAAAGACAAUAAAGCUUAAAGUAUUAACUGUAACUAUUAAUAUUGACACAAAGACAGAUUCAUCAGGAUGCAACAUCACAGAGUAACAGCCAAUCACAUGCCAGACUGAUAAUGCCUACUGUUGCUAAAUGAAUCAAUACACAACAAGAAACUCAGAUUUCAUAUGCUCAUGAAUAAAAAGGGGGACAAAAACAACACCAAGAGGCACAAAACACAAUAAAGACUAAAAAUAAAACCAAAAAUAGCACCAAUAGAUGAAAAAAACGAGACAAAAAAAAAAACAACAACGCAAAAACACCACAAAACUCUGCAAAGAGGCAUCUUGACAAAUGCUCAAUCAUUCAGGUAAGGAAAUCCCAGAGAGUUGAUUCUGUUCAUCUGGACAUAGUGCACUCUGUGGGAGUGGGACAACACUGUCAUGGUCCUGGGUCAGUGACCCAAUAUUUUGUAGCUUUUUCAUUUGUGUUUCUUUUUUUUUAUAAUUCAAGUAUUUAUUAGAUUUUGCAUUUUAUAACAGCAAAUACAGAGAUGCAACAACGAAAGCAAGAAGCAAACAAACAAAAACAAACAAACAAAAUAAAACACAACGAAACAAAACAAAACAAGUGAGGUUUUAACAUAUGUUGUAUUAAGCUCAAAUGUCCAAGUCAGGUAGACAUGUAGGUGCAAAAAUUGUCCCACUGUUCCAGCGCAGCUUCCGUCACAUGGUGUAUUUUUCCCAGCAUCUUUUCCCAGCAUCCUGUGUGACCCUUCCUCUGUGUCAUCUGUGGAUUUAGGUUUAGGUUCCCCUUUGUUUCUGAGCAUUCCAUUCUCCGCUCCUGCUGUAUCCUGCUCACUUAUAAAUAAAAGCUCACUCAUCCCAUCAAAGUCAGCGCCUGUGUUUGAGUCCUUACCUCACCUCCACACGUCUGCCGUCGCAGCUGUGACAAAUAUGCUCAAUACGCUAUGUCCAGAUAAACAGAAACAACUGUUUGGUACUACAAAGAGACCAAAAAACCCACAAAGACUCAAAAUUACAACAAAAAUAACACAAAGAGGAAUGGGACGAAAAGGGACCCAAAAAAUCCCCAAAAAACAGCAACAGGAGACCACAAACCAAAACAAAACAACAUAAAAUAUGAUUGCUGUUUAAUUUAUAUAUAUAUCACAACAGUAGUCAUGUCAAGGCGGUUUUUAUUGUAAUCUAAUGAUACAGAAAAAGCCGCGACCCGCUAUGAGCAAGAACUCGCCGACAGUGGGAAGGAAAAACUCUAUUUUAGGAGAGAGAAAUCUCUGGCAGGAUCAGGCUCAGGCUCAGGCAGUUAUCUGCCAUAACCGCUGGGAAUGAGGGCAGAAUGACAGCCAUAGAUUCAUCACUGUCAUGGGUAGGGACGGGUACCCAUGAUGGCACCGGUUCUGACAUAAACGGUAGUAACCAGACCGAAAAGCAGUGCACAUUUCGGUGCUUUAUUUCGGU